GCAAUACCGUCACAGUUCUACAAUAGACAAUAGUCUAUGCGCCGCCAUAAUGUCGCUUUCUGUUUUGGUAUCAUCUCACAAUAAAGGAAAUCAAUUUUCAUAACUUAUCGAUGACUUUUGUGAUAAUUCUUAACGCAAAACAAACACCAAAUUCCAGUGUAAUUGAUUGAAAGCUCGCAGCCAUGAACACCACAGCUCCCACAUCGGCAGACGCCUGCCUGAGUAUUGUGCACUCUCUCAUGUGUCACCGGCAGGGCGGAGAGAGUGAGGGCUUCUCCAAACGUGCCAUAGAAUCUCUUGUCAAGAAGCUCAAAGAGAAACGGGAUGAAUUAGACUCGCUGAUCACAGCCAUCACCACAAAUGGAGCUCACCCGAGCAAAUGUGUUACAAUACAGAGGACUUUAGAUGGCAGAUUACAGGUUGCAGGCCGCAAAGGCUUCCCACACGUGAUAUACGCUCGCAUAUGGCGCUGGCCAGACCUGCAUAAGAAUGAGCUGAAGCACGUCAAGUUCUGCCAGUUCGCCUUCGACCUCAAGUGUGACUCGGUGUGCGUCAACCCUUACCACUACGAGCGGGUGGUAUCACCAGGUAUUGAUCUCUCCGGGCUGACAUUGACAUCUGGCCCAAGCCGCCUAGUUAAGGACGAGUACACAGCUGGCUUGAGCGGGAAUGGCAUGGACAUGGACACCGGCGAGUUGGUCACAAUACAGCACCACGCCGCCGCCAGCCCGCGCCACCAUCACUCGCUGCCACACCACCACCAGCAGUUCCAGGGCACCAACAUCAUUAUCAACCAAACGCAAGCGCCAGAGGGCGUUCCGAACAUGUUCUCCCCGACGCACGGGCCGCGGCCGCUCCGGCCGCCCGGGGCGCCGCAGAUGGCGCAGCCGCCGCAGAUGCCACACCUCUCCCCCGGGCCCCAAAUGAUCUCAAACCACGGACGGAUGACGCCCGGCCCGCCUCAACUAGGCCCCGGAACACCUCAGAUGGGACCGGGAACGCCUCAAAUGGGGCCGGGAACGCCUCAAAUGUGCCCAGGAACGCCUCAGAUGGGUCCGAGCACGCCUCAAAUGUGUCCGGGGACUCCUCAAAUGUGCCCCGGGACUCCUCAGAUGGGUCCGGGCACGCCGCAGAUGGUGGCCAACACGCCGCAGAUGCCGUCACCGCGCAUGGCGCCCGCGCCCACGCAGAUGUCUCCGGGGACUCCGCAAAUGCCCAACAUAAGCCAGGGGAUGUCGAUACCUAGUCCGCAACAGAUGGCCAUGAGCCAGCAGAGGACCAUAGCGCCGAAGCUGGAACCCCCGGACACUAUAGACGCGAGAGCGAUGUGGUUACCGAAAAGAAUGAACCAUUCUGCCCUGCCGGUGAGUAUGUCGCCCGGCGGUACGACGCCCCUCAUUGACGGACAAAACACGACGUUCUUCACGGCCGAGCAGACGACUACUGAAACACAAAUGACACAGACUAUAUCAGCAGGCCCUGUGUCAGUGUCAUCAGGAUCGGCCGAGAGUUCCCAACAGAACGGCUUCGCCUCAGCAGGCAGUCCCGCACCGCAACCUAGUCCACUGCCGCGCACGCAGCAUCAACAAGGCACUUGGACGGGCAACAACACGCUGACGUACACGCAGAGCCUCGCGCCGCCCGCGCCAGCGCCGCUAGACGCGCCGCCACAACACCAUCACUACUAUAACGGCAACCCGGGCGGGCAGCCGUUGCUGUCUCAGCUGCCUGCUCCUGAGUACUGGUGCUCGGUGGCGUACUUCGAGCUAGACACGCAGGUCGGAGAGACGUUCAAAGUGCCGUCGAGCAGGCCCAACGUCACGGUUGACGGUUACGUAGACCCUUCAGGAGGCAACAGAUUUUGCCUCGGCGCUUUGAGCAACGUUCACAGAACAGAGCAGAGCGAACGCGCAAGACUGCACAUCGGCAAAGGCGUGCAGCUCGACUUGCGCGGCGAGGGCGACGUGUGGCUGCGCUGCCUGUCCGAGCACUCCGUGUUCGUGCAGUCCUACUACCUGGACCGCGAGGCGGGCCGGGCCCCGGGUGACGCGGUGCACAAGAUAUACCCCUCCGCCUGCAUCAAGGUGUUUGACCUACGGCAGUGCCACCGGCAGAUGCAGUCUCAGGCCGCGACAGCGCAGGCCGCGGCCGCCGCGCAGGCCGCCGCCGUCGCCGGACACAUCCAGCCCGCGCACCCAGGCAUGAACAAGUGUCUAACAGCAGCGGCGGGCAUCGGCGUGGACGACCUGCGGCGGCUGUGCAUCGUGCGCCUGUCCUUCGUCAAGGGCUGGGGGCCCGACUACCCGCGCACCUCCAUCAAGGAGACCCCCUGCUGGGUCGAGGUCCAUCUCCACAGGGCCCUGCAGCUCCUCGACGAGGUGCUCCACACGAUGCCGAUCGACGGGCCGCGGAACAACAUCGAGUAGGAGUUGAUCGGCUUCUUUUGAGGCCUUCACGACACCACACAUGUGCAAGUUUGUUUCACGCGCGCGCCGGCGUAUCGCGCACGCGCUUUUAUCGCUUAUCGCUGUCGAUAACAUAUUCGUCAAGUGACAAAGAUUGCUCAGAAGGUACUGAAGGAGGGAAUUCAGUGAAUAUCGUAAUUCGAAAUAAUAUUUCGCGUCUCAAGCGAAAAGUGAAUGAGGGUGGUAUUCUACCUAUCCAAUUUCUUUGUCCAAUGCAUGAAUCUAGUUUUAAACUGGAUUGGGCAUGAGUGGUAGGGGUAACUGACAGAACGGGAUAGUCUUAUGUAUCUUUCAGUAGGAGUAGCAGCAAAAGCGCUAUUAUUGUUUGUCCUUGUCACAGUCUCACAUAUUUUUUGUUCCCCACCGUUUUUUUAGUAUGGAUUAUGGUGGGCAACAAAUAAAUUCGACCAAUCAUAGUGUCGCAUUGCGUAUGUUUUGUCCCUCACGGUGGCACGCGUAUACCACUUCUAUAGGAUCCUACCUUCUAUGGUCCAAUGUGCAAUGUGAGCCGCAAUGAUAUUGGACAAAGAAAUUGGACAGGUGGAAUACCACCCUGAGCGAUAGAAAUAGAGAUGACGAGUAAUGUUUGCGAUAGCUUCCAAAGUCCGGUAGCAAAAUGGAUAACGUCAUUAUCACUAUUUUUAAAUGUCAGGAUUCGAUGGACAAUAACAACCGCUGUAUUAUUGGGCCCUCUAAAACGAGGGCGAAAAAGACGAAGUCUUUUAUUUGACGUUUUCGGGUGCAAAGGUAGAACAGCGGUUAAGAUAACCUGUUAAACGGGACUUCUUUUAGGACAUCCCUCCGUGGUGACCUAACCCUUUGAACGCCACGCCUGUCGUGCGCGUUGCGUCAUGCACGACCCCCGAUGCUCCCGAUGCUGUGCCCCUUUAGCGGUCAAAGAGUUAAUCCCAACGUCUGAACGUAACAGUGAAUGUGUUAACAGUGGAACUGAAUAAGCGAUCAAAGUGCGGCCGUUAUAUCCGCGAUGGACGCUCUCCGAGUGAUGUGAACCGUGACGGUGCAGCUUUAAACCUUAUGCCAUAUAGCAUUUAAGUUCACUUUCCUACAAAACAAAUCUUUAGGACCCCUGUCUUCCAAAAUUUUAUUUUAUAUCUAAUCUAAUAAAUCUAUGCGAAACAAACAUUGCACAUUUAAGAGAAUGUGCAGCGCUCGUGUCUAAAGAAAGGUGAACUAAUCAGUUAUGUCUUGUAUUUAUUUACGUAUAGGAUAAACGCUAACAUAGGUUUUACGUUUACAGUAUUGAGACGGAACAUACUAAAGAACACUAAGCGAUCUCAGUAUAAUAUUUUUUCACAAAUCCUAUAUGAGGUAGAUAUUAGCAGAGACGUGUAGAUAAUAAUGACUCGUCAAGUUUUCGUAUAAGGUUUCACUAGAUGGCGUUGUUAAU